AUGUGCUCCACCGCUAUCCGUCCUACCGACUGCGGUGCCUGGCAACAGAAAAAAAGACGUGAUGACGUCCUCCCCAGAUUGCGUAUUAUGGGAUGUGCGGAAUUAAACAACCCGGAGAGGACACGGGGAAGCCAAAAAUAAUAAUAGCGACAGAAAUAAACGAGGUGCAUGGUGGAUCAUGGAGCUCUCGGCUGUUGGUGAGAGCGUCUUCGCAGCCGAGUCCAUCAUUAAACGGAGAAUCAGACGGGGUCGUUGGGAAUAUCAAGUGAAAUGGAAGGGCUGGUCUCAGAAGUACAGCACUUGGGAGCCGGAGGAAAACAUUCUGGAUGCACGUCUCUUCGCUGCCUUCGAGGAGAGGGAACGCGAGCGAGAGUUGUUCGGGCCGAAAAAGAGGGGACCCAAGCCGGAGACAUUUCUCCUGAAGGCCAAAGCCAAAGCCAAAGCAAAGACGUAUGAAUUUAGAAGAGACCCUCCCAGGGGAAUCCAGGUUUCCUAUCCCAUCCCGGAGCCCGUCAUAACGCCGAGGGCCCGGGAGGGUUUACGCGCCGUGGUUCCCACAAUCUUCCCACCGAGUACGGUCAACAGAGGAGAAAGUGUCCACAUCCGACCACCAGAGCCAGAGCGGAGGCCCAGACCUGCUCCACCGGAGUCUCUCACAGUCCAAGAACCAGCCAGUUUCCCCAAAAAGAGAGGGCGCAAACCGAAGCUGCAUUUGCAUUACGAUGAAGAAGAUGCGUGCAGCUCAGCAGAACCUGACACCAAACGGAGCAGGUUACUGGAAGAGCCAGUGUCACACAGUCUGUCCAAAAUGUCCCAACGCUUGCAUCAUCGAGGAGAGACGUCAGAUCCGAGCCUCAUCCAGCUGACUAAGAGGUUCCAGGAGAAGACCACGAUCACGCCUAAAUCCAGCAGCGAGCAGAGACAUUUGGGUGGUGCAGGCCUAACAUACACUUGCGCGUUCCGUCCAGAUGUGCGCAAAGGUGAUCAAGGGGGUCACAGGACUACUUGUUUGGCCGGGAUGUCUGUUCCUCAGCCGGGCAAGCACUCUGCAAAACACCGGAGCCAUCAGAUGAAGGACUGCUGUCUGUCCCUGGAGGAGCCGACUGCAAAAUCCAGACAGAACGAGUCCAUCCAGGAUUUAUCCACACGACCGGCCUCGUCUUGGACCCCCAGUUUCUCCAACCUGGACUCUGUGACAGUGACAGAUGUCACCAUGAACUUCUUGACAGUCACCAUCAGAGAGAACAGCACGGACAAAGGCUUUUUCAGAGAUACAAGAUGAGUAUGUGCGUUUGAUGUAGGCCAGAGGAGGCGAAUAUAUGCCGAAAUAAUUGUUUAACAAGCUACUAACUAACAAGCCCACUGUAAUACUAUAUUUUUUCUAUGUAACGUUCAAAUAUGUACAUUCAAAUAUUUAAUA